AUGACGGACUUCAAGCUGGCCGGAUCCGGAAGCGGCGUCAGCGUGUUGUGCAAGGUUUGCGGCGAUCGCGCCUCCGGCAAGCAUUACGGCGUCCCGUCGUGCGACGGCUGUCGUGGAUUCUUCAAGAGGAGCAUCAGAAGGAAUUUGGAGUACGUCUGCAAGGAGGGUGGCAGAUGCAUUGUGGAUGUUUCGAGGAGGAAUCAGUGUCAGGCUUGUCGCUUCGCAAAGUGUCUCCAGGCCAAUAUGCGUCGUGAGGCCGUUCAGCACGAAAGAGCGCCAAGAUCGUGCUCAGGAGCUGGGAAUCUCACUCUUCACACGCCCUCGCCAUUCGACAUCUACCCACAGCGGCGCACGUCCUCAAGCCACCUCCUCAUGCCCUUCCCACUGCACCUGCCCAGCGUCAACUUCGGCAAUUUCUCCUCAAUGGACACGCCCAGAUACUUCCCAUCCGCCGCUCCCUUCCUGGACUCCGUGCAUCAUCUGCACAGCAGCAGCACGUCCAGAUUCAACCGAGUAUAUCUUCUGUCCGAGAACAUCUUCGGCAACACCCUGGAAACGCCAUCAACAGACGUCCCAAAAGGAUCAGCCAAAGAGGACGAAGUGAGCAGCUCUGAGGAGUCUGCCAUGUCUCUGUGUGUCAACACGAGGAAUCCUCAGCAAAGGGAGGCGAUCUUCGAAUCGGCAGCCAAACUUCUCUUCCUCGCUGUGAAAUGGGCCAAAAAUGUGCCAUCUUUCGCUCAACUUCCUGCCCGUGACCAGACAAUUCUCCUCCAAGACUCCUGGGCGGAUCUAUUUGUCCUCACAGCGGCUCAGUGGGGUUUUUCAGCUGAUCUCAACAUUUUUGAGAAAGCUGAAGACGCUUCCCGCUUCCAGAAGGCCAUCAACCAGUUCUCCCUCUCCCGAAUAGACUACACCGAAGCGGCCUGCCUCAAGGCCCUGAUCAUCUUCAAGCCAGAAAGCAUCGGAUUACUGGCCACGCAUCAGGUCGCUUCGCUCCUGGACCAGACCAUUCAGCUGCUGUACGAGAAGUGCGGAGGCAUCCGCCUAGGCCACCUGCUCCUGCUCCUUCCCGCCGUGAAGCUGGCCGCGGAUCCAACGAUGAUUCAGCAAACGUUCUUCAAGCGCACCAUUGGCGAAGUCGCCGUCGAGAGAAUCCUCGAGGAUCUCAUGAGGACGUAA